AUGGGGGACGCGAAGAUGGAGGAUUUCCUGCCUCCCUACAUAGAGGGCAAUGCGGUGGUCAGGGCGAUUGGUGAUACAUGGAGUUCGUUCUCCGAGCGGCGCGAAGCGUUAGGUCUUUCUAAUCCAGGGACGGUGGAGAACAUUGCUCGAGAGGUGCAAAAGGAUGUCUUCCUUACCAACUAUAUGUUCACUGGACUUCGUGCGGAUUGGACUAGACCACUCAGUGUGUCGCCUUUAUUCCAAUAUACUCAUUCCUUCGCCAUGGGCUCUCCAGGCUUGCCUCCAUACGGCUUCUCAACCAUUUUCGGAACGCCAAAGGUCUUUAUGCAGGCCAACCUCGAAAACGACGGUCAGCUAUCAGCUCAGGGGAAUUACCGAUGGACUAAUGCUUUCAUUACAAAAUUCAACGUGCAAAUGGCUCCAGGACCUGGCCAAGCCAUGAUCCAAGUAAACAACGAUUUCACCGGCAAAGACUUCACCGCUUCUCUGAAAUCCAUCAACCCAUCCAUGUUAGAGGGCGGCUUGACCGGUAUCUUCAUUGGCAGCUAUCUUCAGUCCAUAACGCCAAGCCUUGCCCUUGGACUCGAGGCCAUGUGGCAGAGGGCAGCACUCAACGCCGGUCCAGAGUCUAUGCUAUCUUACUGUGCGAAAUACAAGGGUUCCAAUUGGAUUGCCAGUGCGCAGAUACAAGCCCAAGGCGCAGUCAGCGCAUCUUACUGGCGAAGGUUGACGGAAAAGGUGGAAGCAGGUGUGGAUCUGAAUCUACAAUUUGCGCCAGGUCUAGGUGGGGGCGGAUUGAUGGGCAAUGGAUCGCGCAAAGAGGGUACUGCGACCGCUGGUGCGAAAUACGAUUUCAGGACAUCAACGUUCAAGGCCCAACUUGACAGCUCGGGCCGCCUCAGCUGUCUCGUGGAGAAAAGAGUGCUUCCGCCGGUGCAAAUCACCUUUGCUGGAGAAAUGGACCAUUUCAAGCAACAAGCCAAGGUCGGAUUAGCUGUAUCCAUCGAGACUGCUCCUGAAGAACUUAUGAAUGCUGCUCAAUCCACAUCAGCCUCCGCACCAUCCGUACCGUUCUAG